AGAAGCUGGGCAGUUGGCAGAUACACCCGGCCGGAGACGCCAUUGCAGUUUGUGAAAGCGUAAGCUGACGGGCGAGAGUCGGGUUGUCCUUGCGGCAGCGUUUAAACGGUCUUUCGGUGUACGUUUUUUUUUUUUUUCCUUUCUUUCUCUGCUUCUCGCAAGCAGCCAUGGCGUGUGGAGCCACGUUAAAACGUUCGAUGGAGUUUGAGGCCCUGCUCAGCCCCCAGUCCCCGAAGCGGAGGAGAUGCAACCCGCUACCGGGGACGCCGGCCACCCCGUCUCCGCAAAGAUGCAACCUCAGAGCGGCCACGGACAGCCCGCAGCACUCGGCCCAGCAGCAAUCCAUGGGUGGAGAACAUAGACUUACACCAGAACAGAUAUUUCAGAACAUCAAGCAGGAGUAUAGCCGCUAUCAGAGGAGAAGGCAGUUGGAGAUCUCUUUCAAUCAGAGUGAAGCCGGCUGUAGCUCCAGUGAUGGCCAGGCUCCAAGCACAGCGAUAGCAGCACCCAGCUCCCCACCAGGUGCAUCCUCAGUAAAGAAGGACCUGCCUUCAUUCUCGUUACGGCAGGUGGGAUUCCUGUGUGAACGUUUGCUCAAAGACCAUGAAGAGAAGAUCCGUGAAGAAUACGAACAGAUUUUAAACACGAAGCUUGCAGAACAAUAUGAAUCGUUUGUGAAAUUUACACAAGACCAGAUCAUGCGACGAUAUGGGGCAAGGCCAGCAAGCUAUGUCUCUUGAAGAACUUUGAUCAAUAGGUACCAGCUUUCACCUCAACCAGAUGGCUGCUGUACAUUUUUUUUUUUUGUUUCAUUUUGUUUUAUUUUUUUGUUUUUCAGCAAACUAUUUGGUGCCAUGAUUUAUCUGUCUUUUUAAUUCCAUGAAGAUAUAAUUCAAACUGUUGCUGCAGGCCCCUUUUUCACCUCUGUUAAAAAAAGAGAAAAAAAGUAAUUUCCCCAAUGCUACUGUGUUACUAUGCUACUUUUGACUUUACUGUAACCUGCCAAAUCUCAGUCAAAAUGGUUUUGCUGCAGCAGAUAAGAUAACCCUGCCUUUUUGUUUGCAAGCAGCACUGAAUGUGGGAUUUUUCUUUCUUUUUUUUUUUUUUUUUAAAUGUUAAUAAAAAUAAAGUUCUGUGAUGAGG